UGUGUGGGAGUUUCACAGCACUUUAGGAGCAGUUGUCAGUCACCUCUGUUCGAAACCAGCUGCGCUUCGACGUCGCAACGUUUUAACCGGCAUUUUAGAUUGUGUUUCCGGUCUGAACGUCGUCACAGGGGCUGCGGCUGUCUACACUACCUGUCGCUUCGGUCAGUUUUUCUUUACUGUGAAACGUUUUUAAAAAAGGGACUUUCGAACAUGACCGUGUCUCUCAGGGGACACCUGGGAGCCUGUGUCCUGCUCCUGCUCCUGUCCCUGUUCGGUUUCGGUAGAGCUCAGGAAACAGGGGAACCGUGUUUGUCCCAAUUCAAGAGCGGACGGGAGGACUUCGUGCUCGACACCGACGAGUCGGUGAAAGACGGAGCGACCUUCUUAUCGUCGCCCAAGUUGGAGCGUUACAGAGACUGCGUGGCCUCCUGCUGUAAGGAGCCCAGGUGUAACGUGGCCUUCAUGGAGAGGGGGGACCUGGAGGGAACGGUCAAGGCCUGCUUUCUCUUCGACUGUCUCUACAAGAAGAAGUACGCCUGUCGCUUCGUUAGGAAGAAAGGCUACAUCAACUAUAUCCUGGAGUCCGUGUACGACAGCUACCUGGAAGUGGACACUCCUCCAAAUGAAAGUGACCGCCCCCCUGUGGCUAAUGGUGGACCGGACCUUGUGGUCCAACCACAGGACAGUGUGACACUCAACGGCAUCAGGAGCAAAGACGACCAUAGUAUUGCAAGCUAUCAGUGGCAAAUGCUAACUCCGUACCCGUAUGCUACCAUCGAGACAACCAACUUCAAAGACCAGAUCAUUGUGUCCAACUUGACUUCUGGGACGUACAAGUUCCAGCUGACUGUCACAGACAAUAUCGGCCAAUCAGACUCCACCAAGCUCACCGUCCUGGUUCUUACUCCUGAGCAGUCUGGACACCACUGUAUGGCUCCAAAAAAGGCCGGACCGUGUCGUGGAGCUUUCCCGCGGUGGCACUACAACGCCGCCUCAGAGAAGUGCGAGGAGUUCUCCUAUGGAGGCUGCAAAGGGAAUCUCAACAACUACUUGAACAUGGAUGAGUGCACCAGGGCUUGUUACGGCUCAGAAAAAUCCACUGGUACUGGUCGUGGUCUGCCAAUUGAACCAGCACCUGCGGUGGAGAAAUGUGGCGCCCCCUGUACAGAAGACCAGUUCACCUGUGCAAACGGCUGCUGUUUGGACCCCGGCCUGGAGUGUGACCAGACCAAGCAGUGCAGCGACGGCUCAGACGAGCUGAAGUGCGAAGACUUGGAGAACAAAUUUCGGAUUCUGCUCCAGAUUCCACUGGAUGAGCAGAAGGUGCGAUGCACAGAGCCUCCUGACACAGGAAGCUGCAGGGACAGUAUCACCAAGUGGUACUACAACCCAGUCCAGAAAGACUGCUUCCGCUUCAACUACGGCGGCUGCCAGGGAAACGAGAACAAGUUCGACCAACGGGAGUCCUGUAUGAAAGUUUGUCGUGGUGUAACAGAACAAGACGUGUUUGCCCGAAAAGAUCAGUUUGAAAAACAGACGUCUGACAACCAGACAGCUAUCAUAGCCAUCGCCGCCGUGCUGGGUUUAGCCAUCGUCAUCCUCCUGGGCGUCGUCUGCUACUGCUUCGUCAAAGGCAAGAAGAAGUCCUCGCAGCACCAGCGUGUGCCGGCCAACACCAUCCCCGUCACCACCAUGGAGGACAGGGAGCGUCUGGUCUACAACUCCACCACCAAGCCCAUCUGACCCCGAUGACCUUCACCGGUGCCCCCCACACCUCCCUUCAGAGCGUGGUUAUCAGAUUGAUGACGGAGGACAUGACAUCUGUUGAGUGCCGUUAUUUGUUUUGUCCAUAUAUGGAUGUUUUAAAGGAUAGAUGUAAACAGGACGCAGAAAUGGGGCCGCUAUUGAUUUGACUUUUAGCCUGUAAUUAAUGCAGCGACUUGUCAGGUGUGUGACUCUCAGGUUCAUGGUGAGGAUUUUGUCGGUAGACGUAGUUUAUCUGACAGACUGGACUCUUGUACAUGUUUUUACUGUGACAUUCCUGAUCUGAUAGCUACUAGAAAUUACCAGUUUUAUUAACACAAACGUAUCUGGCAGUAGGUCUGUGUUUCUUUUUGUUUGUUUUUUCCAUCUCUUUUUGUGCCUUAAUAACAUCCACCAAAAUGAUCCCUCACUCACUAAAGUUCUGCUGCUUUUUUUUCUCUCUUCUAGUUUUCUUUUUUUUUAUGCUGUUUGUUACACUAAAUGACAUGUUAACAUUUUUGUACAUAAUCUUUUGACUUUGGAAAGUGCUAUUUUAUUUGAGGAGAAUAUUUUUUCACGUGUCUAUAGUGUUUUUAGAUAAAGUGGAACUGGCACGACAAACCAAACCUUCUCAAGCAGCAGUGUUGUCAAAGCUUUAAGUUGUCUGACGUUUGUACAUAUUACCUGAUCGAACUCCUCGUAGAUUUUUUUUUUUUUUUUUCCGUGAUGUUCAUACUAAAUAAAAAAAAUUUGGAAAAUA